UUCCGGAGUCGGGGUCAGAAGGCCCAGGCUCCGAGCGGGAAGCGGGAGUUUUCCUCACGCUGUGGCGGCUCGCUCAGAGAUAGGGGCUCGGAGAGAGUGAGAAUGUUCAAAAAUGGCAUUGAAACAACUGAAUCAAAAUCUAUAAAGAGUAAAAAGCAAAUUGAAGUAAACAUCACUGUCGAGCAAAACAAAAAAUAUGAGGGAAAGUGCAAAUUUAAAAGCAAAAAAAAGAAAACUAAGAAGUCUGAAAUGGAACAGAUUCUGCUGGAAAUAAAUGAUGUUGAAGUCUGCAGGAAACAAAAAAUGAAGAAAAAGAAAAUAAAAUCUACAAGGUCAAGUAUUAGUGACGAGGAACAAGGUGCCAAGAUUGACAGAAACAUAGUAAAAGGUAAUUCACAAGAGAGUGAAAUUGAUGAGGCCUCGUAUCAUUUAAAAAAGAAAAAGAAAAAGAAAAAAAAAAUCAAAACAAAUGAACAUUCUGACCCUCAAAGUACAUGUGAGAAAGGAACAAGUAAUAUCAGUGAGAAUGACCAAAGCAGAGUUCAAGUUGAAAAUGACUGCAACAUUAAGAAAAAGAGAAAAAAAAUUUUUGAAAAUUCUGAUGUGGAAGAGGGACUCACUAAAAGUAAGAUGUCAAACAAUACAGCAGAUAAAUUAGACAACACAGCAGAAGUGUCUUGUGUUGUUGAAGCCAAAAGUGUGAAGAGGAAGAAGAAAAAGAAACGCUCUCAUUCUGAGGAUUUUGACACAUCUGAAAAUGAAAAAUCAACGAAGAAAAGGCAAAGAGAUAUUAAUGAUCAGCUUAAAGCUGGGAAUGACAGAUCCAAUCAAGAAGACAGAAAGAAACAAAAGAAUGAACAAAUUCUGGAUACACUAGAGACAAAAUGCACGAAAAAGAAAAAGAAACGAAAGCUACAUGCUGAGGAACCAGAAGGAGUGCACAAAGGAGGAACGGUUAAGAGAAGAAAAGAAGUGGAACAAAUAGAAAAUAACAUAGAAUAUAUCUCAAAAUCUCACAGAAAGAGAAAAAUAUCCACUGAAACUGAAGGAGAAGGAAUUGAGACCAAUCUGGACAAAACUAACAACAUUUGUAAAUUACAGCACUCCUCUGAGACUGCAAAAGGGAAAAAACAAGAAAUAACACUUAAUGUUCUUGAAGACUCUGUAAAAAUUAAAACAAAAACUAAAAGGAAGAAGAAAGAUGUCUCAUCUGUGAUGCAGAUAAAAGAGGAAUUAUGCGACAAUGAUGAUUUACAGAUUAUGUCUGAAAAGAAAGGAAAUGUGUUUGAAGUGACGAUAGACAAGGCUAGGCGACAAGCUUUGCAAGAAGAGAUUGACAAAUUAUCUGGCAAAACUGGCACUUCAGAAACUAAAGCUUCUCCAGAAAUCAAACCAAGAUGUACUGGCACACAAUGGGACACAGCCACUUUUGAAAGUACAGAGCAGAAAAACAAGUUUUUGAGACUAAUGGGUGGGUUUAAGACGUCAAAUCAGCCUCCAUCAUCUGUAAGUAGCUCCGGAAAGCAAAAUGUGGCACUUAAUAAGGAAGAGGAAGAAAACUUGAAUAGGACUCUGCAGAAGGAAUUCGACAAAGCAUUGAACCUUCGGCAGCAUCAAGGAAUUGGCCUCGGGUUCCAGCCUUUUUCAAAUCCAGCUAACAAAAUCUUUUUUAUAGACAAGAAUGCCUCAAAAUCAACAAAGUUCAAUUUCAAUUAGACAAAAAUGAACCAAUAUUGGUACGGGAUUUACUUCAGGUAAUGCGAUGCUGUACACAGUGUCCUGCAUUCCCUUUGUGUUUUGGAGUUACAUGGUUCCUUAAAUGGAGCUGAAUGAAACCUGCAGAGUUCAGCAGUCUGCUUCGUCCUGAUCCAAAUCUGUCAGAUUGUGAUUCUUAUCUGAAUCAGCAAUUAUUUCCAAAGUCAAUAAAGCAGCAAGAAUCCAGGCUCAGUGACAUUUUCUGUCAGUUUAGUAUUGGAUUUCGUGUUGAACAAAGAGCUGGACCUGUCCUGACUGACUGGACCAAUUGCAGCUUGGCGCAGAUUUAUGUAUAUUUUUCCUGUGACUUUAUUUUACCUUUGUUUCUGAUCAGUUAGAACUGUUCUGUGCAUUCUCCUUAAAUUAACAAUAUUUUUAGGACAAUAAAUGCAAAACUUUAAAA